CCGGCCGCUCCGAUGGCGGCGCUGCCGCUGGGGCUGGGCGAGGUGCGGGACGCGGAGCGGCGGCUGCGGGGCCGCAUCCAUCGCACGCCGCUGCUCACCUGCGCCGCGCUGGACCGCAUGGCCGGCAGGAGGCUGCUCUUCAAGUGCGAGCUCCUGCAGAAGACCGGGUCCUUCAAGAUGCGCGGCGCGCUGAACGCGGUGAGGAGCCUGGCGGAGGAAAGGCAGCGCAGCGGGCGGGAGCCGCCCCGCGCCGUGGUGACACACAGCAGCGGCAACCACGGGCAGGCACUCGCCUGUGCUGCUCGGGAAGAAGGUAUUCCUGCCUACAUCGUGGUGCCCCGGACUGCCCCACGGUGUAAGCAAGAUGCCAUUCGUGCCUACGGUGCCACACUGGUGCCAUGUGAUCCAAAUGACAAGUCCAGAGCCGAGACAGCAUCCACUGUAGUCCAGGAGACAGGAGGAGUCCUGGUGCACCCCAAUCAGGAGCUGGCAGUGAUUGCAGGGCAAGGCACCAUCGCCCUGGAGGUGCUGGAGCAGGCACCCCAGGUAAAUGCAGUGGUGGUUCCUGUUGGAGGUGGAGGAAUGGUUGCAGGAAUAGCAGUCGCCAUCAAGGCUUUGAGGCCAGAUGUGAAGGUGUUUGCUGCUGAGCCAAGCAACGUGGAUGACUGCUACCAGUCCAAGCUCCGAGGGGAGCUGACCCCCAACCUCCACCCGCGGGACACCAUCGCAGACGCAGUCAAAACCAGCAUCGGACCCAACACAUGGCCCAUCAUCAGGGAUUUGGUUGAUGAUGUCCUGACAGUCUCAGAGGAAGAAAUCAAGCGAGCCACGUGGCUGGUGUGGGAAAGGAUGAAGCUGCUGAUUGAGCCAACAGCAGGCGUGGGACUGGCAGCCGUGCUCUCGGAGCAGUUCCAGGCAGUCCCCUGGGACGUGCAGAACGUUUGCAUCGUGCUGUGCGGGGGAAACGUGGACCUGAGAUCCCUGACCUGGCUCACAGACCUCUCUGGGAAAGCAGCAGAAUGAGGAUGGAGUGGCGUUUCACGGAAUGAAAAUGUCACUCUGCAUUUGUGCAGCGGUUUAUGUGCAACUAAAAACAGAUCAAGUUCAAA